GCGGCUCACCGCUCCCUUCCCCUCCCGCUCCCCUCCGUUCCCGCUCCGUUCCCCUCCGCUCCCGCCGCCAUGUCGGGCCCGGUGCCGGCCUGGGCGCCCACCCACGUGCAGGUGACGGUGCUGCGGGCGCGGGGGCUGCGGGCCAAGGCGGCGGCGGGCGGCGGCGGCAGCGAUGCCUACGCCGUGAUGGCGCUGGGCCGCGACAAGUUCUCCACCUCGGUGGCGGAGCGGUGCCAGGGGCAGCCGCUGUGGCGGGAGGAGGCCACCUUCGAGCUGCCGCCGCCGCCGCGGCCUGCCGCCCUCCGCCUCACCGUGCUGCACCGCGCCCUCGUCGGCCUCGAGGGUCCCACAGGGGACACAGAGAGGGGUGGGAGGAGAUCUUGUUUCUGCAGGUGGUACAAGCUUCGCUCCAAACCGGGGAAAAAAGAAAAGGAGAGAGGGGAGAUCGAAGUGGAUAUCCAGUUUAUGAGGAGCAACUUGACGGCCAGUAUGUUUGACCUGUCCGUGAAGGACAAGUCCCGCUCCCCCUUUGGCAAGUUCAAAGACAAGCUGAAGGGGAAGAGGAGCAGUGGCCUUUCCGACACGGCCUCGGCCAUCAUUCCCAGCACGACUCACUCCCCCGCUGACAGCGAAGACGAGGCGGUGGAGAAGGAGAAGGAGAAGAAGAAGUCCAAGUUCAAAAGCCUGUUUUCCAAGCCCGGCCUGCAGAAGACAUCCCUCUCCCAGUCCAUGUCUGUCCUGCCCACGCAGCAGCCCGUCACCGAGAGGGUUCGGCUGCGGCCCAGCGACUUCCAGCCCCAGUGGGAUGAGGAGGGCUCCGACACCUCCCCGACCUCCGAAAAGACCUUUGGAAAUGCCCUGGAAGAGAAGUCCUCUCCUUCUCCUGUGUUCAAGUCUCGCAAAACAGCAACUUUGGACAGCAGGCAACUAAACCAAGUAACCACUAGCCACCCCAAGAAAGAAGGGCUCUCUUUAUUCAGUGGCCUUAAAUCCAAAAACGACCCCGUUUCCAAGUCUAGUCUGUGUAUCAACGGCAGCCACGUGUACAUGGAAGAGAGCGGGACGAAGGACAACACUCCGGCCUCUUCCCCCUCUCCUCACAACUUCAGGAGGAAGCAGCUCUUUGCUUCGGAAGAGAACCUGUCUUCCAGAUCUGCUAAAGUUCCCGAAGAGACGGGAAGAACAUCUCCAAGUCACGCUUUCUCUGGGUCUGCGUCCUUGGAGACCUUCAAAUCUAUGACUUUGCCGUCGUACAAAUUGCUCAGCAGCGAAGAAUACCCAGAACCCAGCGUUCCUCUGACUGUCGAGGUUAUUAAAGAGACCAAAAAACCAGACCACAAAAAGUCUGCCUUGCUCUCCCUGGUCACGGGGAAGAAGGAAGCAGUGAAGAGCAGCGAUGCUGAGAAUAUUCCCGACAGGACCCUGCAGGAAGAGGAAAACAAAGUUCCAGAAGAGAAGAGCGAACAAGAGACCAAACGUGUUGAACUUCCAGCAGAUUUAAGCAGGGGGGGUCCUUCAGAAGAAGGUCACCACGCAGAGGACCUCUUUGCAAACAAGCAACCGCUCAACCCUUUCGAGGAAGACCGGAAACCCGAAAAAGCUGCUGUGCCUGCGAAGACCAAAGCAGUGAAGCCCAGACUGGGCGUGCCUGCAGAGGAGGAAACCAAAGCCACGCUUCCUACUCUCGCACCCGAUUCCCUCCCUGCUUUUCUCUCUGUGCACCGUGUCAGUCGUGACAACAAUCCUUUUAUUUCCAAAACGGAGCAAAGCGUCCGAGUGCCAGGCUCUGAAAACAUCACUCCUUCUCCUGCGUCUGUUACUUCUCCUCCUGCUUCUGCUGCAGAGCUUUUCAGUGGCAAGAACCCCUUUAGUCCCGAGUGGGGCAGGGCAUCUGCAGCCCUGGGUCCUGAAGGUGUUGACCGUUUCCCUUCAGCCCAUCAUCUUGCAGCCUCCGUUCCCAAAACGCCUCUUCCCGGGCAGGUCUCUGGUAGUGGGAAUAAUCCUUUUGCUUCUGAGUUGGGGCAGAGCUUCCAGGGGCCUGGGGGCUCUGAUGCGUGGGCUCCCCAGGGUCUCUCUUGCCCACCUGCAGCUUCUCUCCCCUCUGAUUGUCAUUUUAAUGACAAUAAUCCCUUCGUGUCCAAGCUUGGGUGGGAAGCGGACGCGCCAGGUUUGGAAGCUGUUGCUAGUUCUUCCCCUGUCUGCCUUCCUCGUGAUGAGGAAGACUCUUCCUCAGCACAACACCCCGCUGAGCUGAAACACUCUGCUCGCGAUGCGUCAGGGAGCUCUUCAGAUGUGGCUUUAACCAGUAAUGACAAACCUGUCCCAAAGGGAAGCAAACUGGGCAACAGGAAAUCUGUGUCCUUUCUCCUCGGCGGGUCGGAGGGGGCUACAGUAAGUGAUGAGGAUUUGGGUGGGCAGGAACGUGGAAAGCAGGGCUCUGGUUUCAGGGAAGUGGAAUCGACGGGUUCAGAUGCAAGCAGAGAGGGAGCAGGGUUUGCUGGAGAGCUGGAAACAGGGAGCUACCCAUCAUCAGAGCUCUCUGGUGACAGCACAGGUCCUGUCCGGGCUCAGGGUGGUGUGGAAGAAGGUGCUGUAAAUCCUGAGCCCUGCUCAAAGGACAGCAAAUGCUUUGUGUCUCUCUCAAAGUGUAAUGAUGACCCAUUACCACAGACAGGUGCUGAGCAGCCACCUUCCCCCCAGCAUCAGCUGGAAGAGAAGCAGGAGAUGUGUGGUGAGAAGAGAGGGGCAGAAUGUGCACCCACGUUAGAGCCCCGGGAGACUCCCCUUGAUCAAAAUGACUCGUUUUCUCCAGUAGGAUCUGCCAGACCAGCCUUGGGAGCUCGCGCAGUGUCCCCUGGGGAAGCCGAUGCAGGGAGGGCUGGCAGGGAGGUGUUAGUGGCUCCCAGGCCAGCACCAUGGCUGUCUGUAACGCUGACGAAGCGCCCACCGGUUUCUCAGGCUGAUGAGUUCGGUGAUGAUGUGUCUUCUGCAGGUGACGGUGUAAAAUCCACACCUGGGCUCCCAUUACGUGGUGAUGAAGCCUCAGACGCUCCUGGGUCCCUCCCCCAGAGUGGCUCGUUAGAGACCAUCACUUCGUCAGUGACAUUCAGAGAUCACAGCAGUAACAGGCAUUUAAAAAAUGAAGGUGAUGAUGAUCUAUUUGACUGCCUUACGAAUCUGAAGUCUGCCAUUCCCGCAGACCGUAGUUUGACACUGGCUGGUCUCCCAGUUAUUCCGGAGGGAGGCUCCGAUGAGGAGCUGCUGGGGGACUCUCAGGAGACCCACGGAGUCACUGCAGGUGAUAAAAACGUUUUGGGGACUGGAAAGCAGUCCCCGGACAGAAUGCCUUUGCAAGGAGAACUGAUAGAGCACUCUGGGGGCUCUGCUGCAGCCCAGGUAACCCCAGCUGCUCUGGGAGGAGGAGGAGGAGGAGGAAGUGCUCCUGGUGCUUGCAAGCCCAGCAAACCAGGCGUCCUGCCUGCCAGAGUGGAUGCUCACGGUGCCAAUAACCGGGUGGCUGACUCAGGGUUAGCUCUGACGUCCAGUUCCAGGGAACAUAAUAGUCGUUUUGCGAAACAAGAGCUGAAAAUAAGCGCAGGUGGUGAGGAGCGAGCAGAGUGCGACUUCUCUGAGCCUUCUGUUUCCUCUUCCUCCCUGUCGAGUCCUUCCCAGCCCUACUCUUCCUCUGAUUCUCUCCCUUCUGACACCCCAAGUCGUAGAGCAGAGUCUCCGAAAAAGCCAGCAGCCGAGGGCUUCGCAGAUAAAGCAGGAAAUUCGGGCAAGAAGAAGCUUCUUCAGGCAUGGGUUUCACCCUCUGAAACAUUUCCUAACCCAAAUCAGCAGAGUGGUGAAACCGUGUCUCCUAAGCACAGGCUCCAUCCCGUGAAACCAAUGAACACCACGGCAACCAAGUCUCAGAGCAAGAACCUGGAUGUCAUCAGCACCAUGAACGAAAAGCUGCUGGAGAUGAACGUGAAGAAAUACGAUCCAUCGGAUCCUGCCUAUGCAUAUGCCCAGCUAACCCACGACGAGCUGAUCCAGCUGGUCCUGAAGCAGAAGGAUGCAAUUACCAGGAAGGAUCUCCAGGUGCGGGAGCUGGAGGACUAUAUUGACAACUUGCUUGUCAGAGUCAUGGAGGAAACCCCCAACAUCCUCCGCGUUUCCACCUCUGGCAACAAAAAAGCUGGAAAGAUGUAAAAGCCCUGGAGCUGCUGGUGGAACGAAGGGCUGAAUUCCUGCCAGUGGAGUUGGAUUCAUAAGGAGACGACGUGAAGUAGGUGGUGCCGGUUGCGCUGCCCACAGAAAAUGACCUCUUUCCCCUUUCUGCCUUGAGCAACUCCUGGUUUGAUCAGCAGUUACGUCGGGUCUUGUCUGCAGAGUCAGCUUCUCCUAUUUAUUUUUUGGUUUCUUUCCAUUAUUUGGGAAGUUUUGUUCAGGCAUCUAACCCAAAGGUUGAUGCGAUAGGAAGGAUGACGGGUUUUUGAUGUGUUUUGCUUGCCAGCAGGGCACUGAUGAUCCUUUAUGAAGGUUUUAUUUUAAUGGUUUUGUUUCGUAGCAGCUUUGAUAGAUCAAUUACUCUCCAUAUCUUAAGUUGUAGUGCAAUAUAAAAUAGAGCUUGAGGAUUUGAUUGCUUUAAAAAAAAAAUAGGAAUAACUACACUGGAGAAGUCCAAAGAUGUGAUGUGUGUGUCAGACCAGGGCUGUGUGAGCUGUGUUUUAAAAGGAAUUAAUGCCCAGAAAGUUGAAUGCAAGUUAAACCUUAGACUGGAAAGGAAGAAGCAAAGCUUAGUUAAUCUCAUUAAAUACAUAUUGUUUUGAAGAAGUUCUCCUCGGGGAGGGUUUACAGGUGGUUUUGGUACAGGAAACGCUGAGAUGUCGUGGUACAUUUGUCUACCCCAGGAAUGGUAGUAAUGAAUUUGGGCCCAAGGUGCAUUUUAACUCAGAAGCUGUUCUCUUGUAGACUCCAAAUUGCUGAUUUGAAGGUCGUUCAAAUGAGGGAGGCAAAGAUACUCCUGGUUUCUGUUGUCUUAAAUGGGUGUGGAUUUUACGGUACACGUGCGUGGCCCAUGUCUGCAUGGGAGUGCUGUGAUUAUUUUUCUUUGACACCACUGCAGUUUAUUAAAUUUAAAAACUUCAGAUUUUGGAGCUGGGGCUUGCCUUGGAACAACCUUCAAAGGUGAUGAGUCUUACAACGCUUUCUUUGGUGUGUUCUUUGUACAGCCCCGAGAGGAGCCCGAUCCCCUUCCCUGGGGAAUUUGAGCUCCUGCUCAAAUCUGAUGUGGUUCUCUGUGACCUGCAGCUCAGAACGG